AUGCAAUUCCAACAAAUCGCCAUCGCUUUAACUGCUGCCACCGCUGUCUCCGCCGCCAACGCCUCCAACGGUUCUAACGGUUCUAACGGAUCCAACCACUCUUCUUCCUCCAACGCCGCCGGUGUCUCCAACGUCAACAUUGUUGGUGCCGCCGCCGCCGCUGCUGCUGGUGUUGCUUUUCACUCGUUGCCACCAGUCACCCGUAUCCAUGGUGGUUGUUGUGUCACCCCACCAGUUGCUGGCGACAGACCAUGUCGAGAAGUCUCACACCCUCUCGAUCCGGUUUAG